GAGUGAUUUUGUAACUCCACUCCAAAAGAUUAAAUAUUUUCCGCUGAAAUAAUCAUUUGAUAUCUAAUAUUUCUGUAGAAUCUGUAGUAGUUUAUGAACAUAAUCGUCAUAUAGUGGUAUAAAUAUUGCAAUUUACGUAGUUUCGUUUUGAUGUACUAUUAAGAGUGUAAGACAGAACGAUGUCUGCCGUAUUUGAUGGAGCUCAGCUGACAGCGAUGCAGUCUCCCCAGCCUCCACAUAACACGAUGAGUCCUCAGGAGCUGGGCCUGGAAAUCAAGGCCUUCAUCAGCGGGGUUGACCAGGCACAGGGGCGUAAGCUGAGCAUACGCGACCAUGCCCGCUGUGCGGUGCGUCUCCUCCGCACCGUGCCCGCUUGCCGGGGGGCAGCUCUGGAGCACCUCAGGGGGGUGUACGACGAGUAUGUGCUUGCCUUCCUGCAGGACCUGGAGGGGGAGAGCGAUGGCGGUGUUGCCGGCAGUGGCGUGGACGUGAGCGGCAGCUCCGGCCUGGAGGAUGUGAUCCAGGAGAUCCACACAGUGCUGUCCGAAUUCAUCCGCCUCAACCCGCGGGCCUGGGCUCCACUGGUUUCAGCCUGGGCAGUGGACCUGCUCGGUCAGCUGAGCAGCAAGCAUGCGGGCCGCCGUGGCACGCCCCACUCCUCCAGCCUGAAUGAGCCACUGCAGUUAUGGAUGUCCUGCUCGGCCACGCGCUCACUGAUGGAGAGCUACUCGCAGUGCCUGGCUGCCAUGCUGGCCUGGUGCCCGGAUGCCUGCGUGGAUGCACUGCUUGACACUUCAGUGCAGCACUCGCCGCACUUCGACUGGGUGGUGGCCCACAUUGGCUCUGCCUUCCCCGGCACAAUCAUCAGCCGCGUACUGGCCUGUGGCCUCAAGGACUUUUGUGCCCACGGGUACCCGGGGGCCCCGACCUCCUCGCCUGAGACCCCCGGCCGGCAGACGCCCCCACCCCACACAACGGCAGUGGUGGAGAAGAGCAGCCGGGUGCCCAAAAUCGGCUCGGUGGUGGGGAUCCUGGGGCAUCUUGCAGCACGACACUCGGACAGCAUCAAGAAGGAGCUUCUACGGAUGUUCCAGGAGAGCCUAACACCCGCCCCCACUGCCUCGGACCGGGCUGGGGCGCGGGACGGCCCCCUUCAGCUCCGCCGGGCCACUGUUCCCUUCCUGUUGCAGCUGGCAGCACUGUCUCCGGCCCUGCUGGUGUUGGCUGAACUGGUGGAGUCCCUGAGGCCACCGGUCCUGCUGCAGCUCCAGGCACAGUUCCAGGGCCUGCCGCGUGAGGAGCUGGACAACAUGCUGGGCCUGACCGUGCACCUGAUCAGCCAGAGCCCUGCUGGAGGGCCCCGCGUCCUGCGCUUCCUGGUGGACACAGCUACGCCUGCCUCCGUCAUCACCUCGGGCCUGACUCCCGCCCCCCAUGAGGGUGUCCGGGAUGCCUGCGACCGCCUGCUUCAGCUUCUCCUGCUCCACCUGCACAAGCUCGUCUACAAUCGGCCCGAGAGCGACGACGGCCACCUGCUCUCUGCGCCCUCCCCGGCCAGCCCGUCCUCCCCACCACCUCGCGUUGUCCCCUUCCUGGAAGAGCUGCGGGGCCACGUGGGGGAGCUGUGUGCUGAGACACUUCGGCUGGAGAGAAAGCGGCACCUCUGGCUGCACCAGCUGCUCUGUCUGCUGUCGGUGUACGGAGGCCCCAGCGUGGCUACCGAGGCCCUGUGCCAGCUGCUCACCCUGGCACGCACCCCGGAGGAGCUGGCCCUGGCCUCUCAGCUGCAUGCGCCGCUCUCCAGCUCCCUGCCCGGCCUCCUCCCAGCCGCCGUCACACGCUGUGUCACCCAGAUCCACACCCACAGCCUGAGGAGCAAGGAGUUGGCACAGCUCCUCAACAACCUGGCACUGGCCGUGCAGAGUCAUGAGGAGGAGGCCAAGGGAGGGAGCACCGGGGGUGCCAGUACCGGGGGUGUGAGUGUGGGCCAGUCCUCCAUGGUUGCUCAGGUCGGAGCGGCCGUCUCAAGCCACCUCCACGACUUCUGCCCCCUGCUUCUCCAUGGGGACCCCGCGGUGUCACAGGCUGCUGCCCGGCUCCUGUCAUGCAGUCAGCUGCCCCGGGCCGCUUCGCCUGCCCAGCUGCUGGUCAUUUCCCGGGCGGCAGUCGCCCACUUCUUUCUGGCCCUGCGUCUUAGAGAUGGAGGAGAGGGGAAGGACGGAGUAGGAGGGGCAGGAGGGGGUGGAGAGGCAGUCAGGUGCUCCAUCCAGCUCCUGUCCCGUCUUGCGGCCCACUCCCCGCUCACCCUGAAGUCUGUGCUUCAGCAGCUGGUGGAAGGCGCCCUAUACAAGGGGAACGCUGACCUGUUUGGCGGCCAGGUAGAGGAGCCUGCCGGAGAGGCAGCACCUUCCCCGGACCUGGGCGCUUCCCUGCUGGACAUCAACUGCAAGUUUGGCACCACAGUCAACUUCUCGGGCAGCGUGUGGUCCGUGUUUCACGCCGGUGUGAUCGGGAAGGGGCUGAAGCCACCACGCUCCCCGGCACAUCCAGACCCAGAUGGGGUCACCCGGAACCUCCAGACCCUGCUGGCCGUGGUUGUCCAGUGCUGCAGUGCUGGCGGCAGUGGUAAUGGUGCAGGUAGCGCUGGCACCCGCCUCCAGUGCCUGGACCAGCUCUCCGAGGAGCCGGCCCCCAUCAACGCCGAGGCCGCCAAGGUGGUAGCGGUGACGCUGGUGGAGAGUGUAUGCCCGGAUGUGGCAAAUGGUGAGCUGGCGUGGCCACCAGAGGAGCAUGCCAGGACCACGGUGGAGCGUGACAUUCACAUCCGCCGCUGCUUCGAAGCCAGCCCACUCCUCUUCCACCUGCUGGCUGUGGUGGCGGCCGGCCGCCCAGCCCUCUGUUACUGCUCAGCGGUGCUGCGGGGGCUUCUGGCCACACUGCUGGCCCACUGGGAAUCCUCCCGGGAGCCUGCUGCCCUGGACUCGCCCUGGCACCUCCAGGCCUCCUGCCUCCUGGUGUCCUGCAUGGGGGAGGGACAGCUCUUGCCCCCUGUGCUGGCCAACGUGCAUGAGAUCUUCCCCCACCUGACGCCGUUCGAGGUGCGCCUGCUGCUGUUGGCGGUGUGGGAGUAUAUGCGCGGGAACAGCCCCAUGCCGCAGAAGUUCACCUUCAGCGCAGAGAGGGGGCUCUUCUAUCGGGACUUCUCCAGGGACGGAGACCUGUCACGCUACCUUGCCCCAGUCUACAGCGUCCUGCACAAGAACAUCGAUCGUCUCGGACACCUGUGCUGGCGCUUCCAGCUCUGAGAGAGGGAAGGAGGAGGAGCAGACAUGGAGCCUGUAGGAGGGGUUUGGGGAAAAAGGGUUGGGCUUUGGGAAAGCCAAGGGAAGGAGAAAAAAUAGCAGCAAUGGGUGACAAGUUUAUGGUUUAGCUUCAGUCGCUAAUUCACUUUUUGCUCUUGGGCACCAGAUUCAGAGUUAAUUGACCUUUUUUUCUGCUCUGUUUGUCUGAAAGACAAAUACAAACAAAAAUACAUGAGUGUACCUAGUACCUACCUAAAAAGAUAAACAUGUAUCUCAGGUGUAGGGCUGCAUAAAGGCAGUUCUUUCCUGAUGCCACCCUCUUUCUUUGCUCCCAGGGCAAAUUAAGGAAGUGUAUUUCGCAUAGGCCUUCACUGUUACGGAGAUCUGAAAAUGACAAGGUGUCUGGUUGUUUGUUUAAUCUGACCUGAGUUGACCUUCAUAUUUUGUCUGUAGUACUCUCCAGUUUCAGGGCAGUUUUGACCUUUUCACUUGUAACUUGUGUGUAACUGUUUUCAUACGUAUUCUUUUGAGAAGCACAGUAAAUGGAUUCUGUUGGUAGUUGGAAGAGUGUUUGUUUUGUUUGA